AUGGAAGAUCUCUAAGAGUAGGAGACUAGUUUAGGAAGAGUAUUUAAAAUAGAUGGAUCAUUUGUUGCUAUAGAAAAUAUUAAAGAUGCAGAACUAUUUGAAUUAGUAAAGAUUGGAUAGGACAAACUUCUUGGAGAAAUCAUUAAAUUGGAAGGCGAUAAAGCUUAUGUUCAAUGUUAUGAAGAUACUUCUAGUUUGUCUGUGGGUGAUCCAACAAUAUUAACUAAGAGUCCACUUUCUGUUGAAUUAGGACCAGGUAUUUUUACAUAAAUUUUUGAUGGGAUUCAAAGACCGUUAUAAGAGAUUACAGAAGGACUAUCCUCAUCCUAUAUACCUAAGAAUGUUAAUAUUCUAGGAUUAGAUUAAGAUAGAGUUUGGGAAUUCAAACCAUCUUCAACUAUUAAAAUAGAUUCAAUAAUUUCUGGAGGUGAUAUUUAUGGAUCAGUCUUUGAAAAUAAUGUUUUUGAAGAACAUAACAUUUUGGCAUCGCCUAGUGUUUAAGGAAGAGUAACUUAUAUUGCACCUGCAGGCUAUUAUACAUUGCAAGAUAAAGUGUUAGAAGUAGAAUUGAAUGAAAAAAAAUAUCAAUAUGGAAUGAGUCAUGUCUGGCCUGUAAGACAACCCAGACCUAUUCUUGAGAAAUUGGAUAUUAAUACACCAAUCAUUACAGGAAUUAGAGUACUAGAUGGCUUCUUUCCAGCAUUUUUGGGAGAGACUUGUUGUAUUUCAGGACCAGCUGAAUGUGGAUAUCUUGAGAUCUCUUUAGCCUUAACUAAAUAAUCAAAUACUUAAUGUAUGAUAUACAUAGGAUGUGCUGAAAGUGGAAAUGAAAUGGCUUCCGUGCUUAGUGAAUAUCCAGAAUUAAAAAUUGAAUUGAAAGAUAAAGAGGAAUCCGUAAAUUAGCGUACCUGUUUGGUUGCAAAUCCAUCUUAAAAAUCAUUAGGCAAAAGAUAUGCUUCUCUCUAUGCUGGAACAACUUUUGCUGAAUACUUUAGAGAUAUGGGUUAUAAUGUUGGCUUGAUAGCUGACUAGACUUCUAAAUGGGUUGAAACCUAAACUGAAAUUUCAAAUAGGAUAGGUGAAAUAUUGUAAGAAUAAGAAUAUCCUACUUUUUUGGCAUCCAAAUUAUCUCCAAUUUAUCAAAGAGCUGGGAGAGUCAAAUGUAGAGGCUCGCCUAAUAGAGAAGGGUCUAUUACUCUUUUUGGUGUUGUCUCAACAGAAGAUUUUAAAGAUCCUAUAACAAUUGCCACUCUAAUGAACACAAAGGUAUUUUGGGGAUUGGAUUAUUAAUUGAAAAUAAAAAAGCAUUUUCCUGCUGUUAAUUGGGAAAUUUCAUAUUCUGAUUAGAAUUCAGAUCCUUAUUUUAAUGAAAUUGAUCCAGACUUUUUGUAAUUAAGAAAUAAGCUCAAAAAUAUCUUAAAAGAAUAGUCAAUCCUUUCAGAAGUGACUGCAGAUGUUAAACCAGAAUAGCUUUCAAUAGAUUAAACACUUACCAUGGAAAUUGCAAAAAUCAUCAGAGAAGAUUUCUUAUUCUAAAAUUUCUAUUGUGAUUACGAUUAUAAUUGUCCUCUUUUAAAAACUAUAGGUAUGAUGAGAUGCAUAGUUUUAUUUUAUGAAUGUGCUAAAAGUUCUCUUUCAGAGGAUGGGUCACUUAAAUGGGAUGAAUUAUAAAAUUAAACCUGGUGCGAAUUUACAAAUUUAUCUAGAAUGAAAUUCUUGGAUCCAAAAUCAUCAAAAUAACAAAUAGAUGAUUAUUUUAUAUAAUUUACUGAUUAAAUUAAUUUGGCAUUUUAAAAUCUGAGCAAUAAAUGA